GGCAUCUGCGUGCUGCAGCAGUGUGGGGCUGACAGAGUGUGUCAACUUGAGCUCUGGCUGUGCAGGCACCGCUGCUGCGGGAGCCUGUUAUUCCAUUCCGGAUUGCUAUUUUGAUACCCAGAUUGCAUCAUUCUUCCUACGUAUAAACAGGGGGUCCCCAGGGCCCUGCAGCUACUCACUUCUCCACCAGCACUGUUAUUGUGAUGAGCUCUAUUUAAAUGAGCUGCCGGAUCGGGGCAGGUUCCAGCCACACAUGAGCACUGUCAUUUUGGGGAACAUGGAGGGCUGAAGGAUUUCUGUGGAUCGAGUCUUAAAAGCCUGAGAGUGAUGGCCUCCCGAGCUGUGAGCUGUGCAGAGGGCGACAGAGCUAGUUCCUGAAAGUUGAAAAUCUCGUUUUCUUCCUUCUGAGCUUCUAUUCAGAGGCACCCAGAGGAUUAGGAAGGAGAUGCAGCUAGGAAGAGAGUCGCCUCUUUGAGGUCUCCCUCUUGCUGUUCAGUUUGGGAAAAUUGCUGCAGAGACUUGGAGAUAAACAGGAACAGGAGGAGUCAACCUUGCUCUUUCUUGCAGGAGCAUCUCAGGUGUUGCUCUAAUUACAAGGCAACAGGGUGACAGAGCUCAUCUCCUGUCCUGAAUGCCAACGAGUGUAUCUUACCAGAGAUGUAACUGAACAUAUUUUCCUUCAAUACUUUCCUCCUGGGCAACCCACAAUGGCCAGGAACUGCUCUGAAUGCAAGGAGAAGAGGGCGGCGCAUAUCCUCUGCACCUACUGCAACCGCUGGCUGUGCAGCUCCUGCACAGAGGAACACCGGCAUGUCCCAGCCCCAGGGGGCCCACUCUUUGCACGGGCACACAAGGGAUCUUCAGGGGUGAAUGGUGGCUCUGGGGACUUCGCCUUGUACUGCCCUCUGCACACACAGGAAGUGCUGAAGCUCUUCUGUGAGACAUGUGAUGUGCUCACAUGCCACAGCUGCCUGAUGGUGGAGCACAAGGAGCACAGGUGCAGGCAUGUUGAAGAAGUUCUACAAAACCAGAGGAUGCUUCUGGAAAGCGUGACCACGCAGGUGGCACAUAAGAAAUCCAGCCUGCAGACAUCUGCGAAGCAGAUCGAGGACAGGAUUUUUGAAGUGAAGCAUCAGCAUAGGAAGGUGGAAAACCAGAUCAAAAUGGCCAAGAUGGUCCUGAUGAAUGAGCUGAACAAACAGGCCAAUGGACUCAUAGAGGAGCUUGAGGGCAUCACUAACGACAGGAAACGGAAGCUGGAGCAGCAGCUACAGAGCAUCAUGGUCCUCAACCGGCAGUUUGAGCAUGUGCAGAAUUUCAUCAACUGGGCUGUCUGCAGCAAGACCAGCGACCCUUUCCUUUUCAGCAAAGAGCUGAUUGUGUUCCAGAUGCAGCGGCUGCUGGAGUCGAGCUGUAACACAGAUCCCGGCUCUCCUUGGAGUAUCAGAUUCACCUGGGAGCCCAACUUCUGGACCAAGCAGCUGGCUUCCCUUGGAUGCAUAACCACUGAGGGCGGGCAGCUGUCCCGGGCAGAUGCUGCAGCCGCUUAUGGGAGCUUACAGGGGUCAUCAUCCUUGUAUGAGGGCCACCAGGCCCCCAUGGCUCAGCAGGGGUCUCUCAGCCACCCCUCACACAAGUUCCAGCCUCCAGCACUGUGCUCCUCGUCUGUCUGCUGCUCCCACUGCUCCCCAGUCUCACCUUCCCUCAAAGGCCAGGUCGCCCCACCCAGUAUCCACCCAGCUCACAGUUUCCGGCAGCCCUCUGAAAUGGUGCCCCACCAGCUGGGGUCGCUGCAGUGCUCCACCCUGCUGCCCAGGGAGAAGGAGCUGGCCUGCAGUCCCCAUCCACCAAAGCUGCUGCAGCCCUGGUUAGAUCCACCGCCUCCCGCAGACCAGGAGAGUACCUCCCAGCGGCCAGGACAGCAGUUGAUUUCCCAGCCCGUGUGUAUCGUCCCUCCGCAAGACGUUCAGUCGGGAGCUCACGGCCAGCCCGCCAUACAGACACCCUCCAUCCAAGUUCAGCUGGGCCACCACCAGAAGCUGAAGCUCGGCCACUUUCAGCAGCAGCCACAGCAGCAGCCACCGCUCCCACCUCCACCUCCUCCACCCACCCAGCAUGCACCGCCACCCUUGCCUCCAUCCCAGCACCUGGCUUCCAGUCAACACGAGAGCCCUCCUGGGCCUGCCUGUUCUCAGAACGUGGACAUCAUGCAUCACAAGUUUGAGCUGGAGGAGAUGCAGAAGGACUUGGAACUCCUCCUGCAGGCUCAACAGCCCAGCCUGCAGCUGAGUCAGACCAAGUCUCCUCAGCAUCUGCAGCAAACCAUCGUGGGGCAGAUCAACUACAUUGUCAGGCAGCCAGCACCUGUCCAGUCCCAGAGCCAAGAGGAUUCCCUGCAGGUUACAGAGGAGCCUCCAGCACCUGAAGGCCCAAAGCCAGCUCUACCCCUCGACAAGAACACUGCUGCGGCCUUGCCUCAGACAUCCGGGGAAGAAACCCCUCACAGUGUUCCCCCAGUGGACAGCGCCUCCCAGCACUCCUCUCCAAAUGUGGUGAGAAAGCACUCCUCGGUGAGCAUCAUGGGCUUUUCCAACACUCUGGAGAUGGAGUUGUCAUCUGCCAGGCUGGCGAGGACCAUAGAGCCACAGAUCCAUAGGGUGAGCAGCCUGACAGCCGGCCCCACCCACACAAUCCCGAACCUGCUGAGUGGCCCACCACAGACCGUGUCCAGCCUGAUGAGCGUCUCAAGCCACGCCGUGCCGAGCCCAGCCAGUCACCUGCAACCCGUGCCAAACCUUGUGCGCGGCUCAUUCCAGUCCUUGCCCAACCUGAGGGGCGAUUGUUCCCAGGCCAUUACAAGCCUGGCAAGCAACCACUCACAGGCUGGGCCCAGCCUAAUGUCCGGACACACCCAGGCUGCGCCGAGUCUGGCCACAUGUCCUCUGCAGGGCAUGCCUCCGGUUUCUGACACACAUCUGGAGACGAGAUCAGCUUCCAGUCCUGGCUCUGGCCAAACUGCCGAGAGCCUGGGCCCCAAGGAUGGGGCUGAGUCCUUUAUGGGGAAUGCCCAGUGUAAGAUGGAAAGUGAGGAUAGCUCUCGCUUCACAGACUCAGCAGGAAAAGGCCCCACAGCCUCCAGUCUGGAUGUUCCCAAGGAUUUGGCUAUUCCCUCAGAACUGGAGGAGCCAAUUAACCUUUCUGUGAAAAAACCUUUCCUGGCACCAGUGACCAACACAUCUACUGCUCUACAACAGUACCAGCGGCCAAAAGAAUAUGAGAAUUUUGAACAAGGAACCCUAGAGCCGGAUACAAAAGAGAAUCCAAGCAUCAGAGCCAUCAGUAGUGAGCCCAAGAUCCCUUACGUGCGACUGGAGCGGCUCAAGAUCUGCGCGGCCUCAUCAGGAGAGAUGCCCGUGUUUAAGCUGAAGCCGCAGAAGAACAGGCAGGACGGGAGUUUCCUUCUGGUGAUUGAGUGUGGCGCCGAGUCCUCCAGCAUGUCCAUUAAGGUCAGCCAGAACAGCCUGCCUGAUGCCACCCAGGGCCCAGGGCUGGGGGGAAGAAAGGUCACUGUCACAUCUCUGGCUGGGCAGCGGCCACUGGAGGUGGACAGUGCAUCUUCUGAAGAGCAGAGACUCGUUCCCCGAACUCUUGGAGCCAAGAAGUGCACCCCAGCCCCCAUCGAGAAUGAGGACUUCUGUGCUGUGUGCCUCAACGGUGGGGAGCUGCUGUGCUGUGACCGCUGCCCCAAAGUGUAUCACCUUUCCUGCCAUGUGCCAGCCUUGCUCAGCUUCCCGGGGGGAGAGUGGGUGUGCACCCUGUGCCGCAGCCUGCUGCAGCCUGAGAUGGAGUAUGACUGCGAGAAUGCCCGCUAUAGCCAGCCCGGAGUGCGGCCACCUCCCGGCCUGAGCGUGUAUGACCAGAAGAAGUGUGAGAAGCUGGUCCUGUCUCUGUGCUGCAACAGCCUCAGCCUGCCCUUCCACGAACCAGUCAGCCCUCUGGCCAGGCAUUAUUACCAGAUUAUCAAGAGGCCCAUGGACCUAUCGAUUAUCCGGAGGAGGCUGCAAAAGAAGGACCCAGCUCACUAUACCACUCCAGAGGAAGUAGUAUCCGACGUGCGCCUCAUGUUCUGGAACUGUGCUAAGUUCAAUUAUCCCGACUCGGAGGUUGCGGAGGCUGGUCGCUGUCUGGAAGUGUUCUUUGAGGGCUGGCUAAAGGAGAUCUAUCCAGACAAAUGCUUUGCCCAGUCCCAGCAAGAGGAUUCAGACUCUGAGGACGUAUCCGGCGAGAGUGGCUGUUCCACCCCUCAGGGCUUCCCGUGGCCUCCCUACAUGCAGGAAGGCAUCCAGCCCAAGAGGCGGCGGCGGCACAUGGAGAAUGAAAAGACAAAGAAAAUGUCGUUUCGUCUGGCCAAUAGCAUCUCGCAGGUGUGAGAGCCGGAAGGAGGCGGGCACGCUGGUGGCCGAAGUCCCACCUUCUCGCCCAUCCCUCCCCACCCUUCAGCUUUUCCUCUCCAGAGUGUGGCUGAGAGAUGAGCCUUGUUGAGCGGGUCGCGCUCCCUUCACCAUUUGCAUCUCUAGCAUUUAUCUGGGAGCCAUAGUGCAUCCCCCAUAAAGAAAUUCCAGGAGAACAGGGAAGAGGGAGGUGUUCCUCAUUCCAUGCCUCUUGCGGCUCAGAAGGACCUGGCCAACUCCGCUCACCUCUCAGGAGCCAGGGCUCGGGAGCACCGCACUGUGUGUGUCUGAACUCCUGGUUUAGAAGCGGGUACACGAAAGGAGGCGAGGUUUGGAUGUAUGGCAGGUGUGUGACCCCUGUCCCAGCACAGCCAAAGACUGUCACUGUUUGCCUUUGCGUCCUGUUGGGACAGAGGCAUCUGCCACUGGCAGAAUAGUGGAGGCUUCUCGAGGCCUCAAUUGGUGCCUAUUUGGGUUCUAACGGUUUUCAGGGUAUUUGCUUCCCACGCCCCCUUUCCCGAGUAGGAGUUAGGUGGUCACUGUGAAGUGCUAUGUGUGGCUGGCACUCUCGCCUGAGUUAGGUGGCUGUGCAGAGACCGGAUUUCACUCACACUCAGACGGUGCCAGCUUCAGAGUCUCUCCCUCUGUGUCCUGACUCUUGGCCAGUAGCACUUGAGAAGCUACCUUCUCAGAAGUGGCUACUAUGUAUGUCAGCGGUUCUUCCUUGAUCGCCUCUGUCCUACAUCUGCAUCUUGGGUUUUACUUGGGAGAAGUGAGGUGGCGUCGGCUGCUGGUACAGGUUCCCUAGCCAGAACAGCCCGCAGCCAGUGUGGUGUGCGGGGCCUCGUCUCCUGCCCAAGUUCUACUUCUCUACUUUCUCUCACAACCAAAGAUCAGAACUGUGACCUCGCUGCUCGCAGCCCAGAAGCAGGCAACAUACGGUCACCCUUUUUUGUUGGAGCCUGGAGAAGACGGUGGUGACGGAUGGGACUCAUUCCUGGGCUAAGGGCAGAAAAGGGGGAUAUUGAGAGAUGAGGAACCAGCAUCCUUUAGUGACCCCAAGGUAACUCUAGAGUUGCAGUUUUCACAGAAUGCAGGAAGGUGUUCCGGAAGCCCUGGGAAUAGAGCUGUGUACUGUAGAUCCUCUGUAGAUGGAUCUCCACGGUGUUGGCAGGGCGUCUGAGAAGAAGCACCUGAGAAAUCUACAGGCCCAGGCUCCUGCCUAGACAGGGCUUGGUUGAGGAAGGACCUGUUGAUUAUAUUGCUGGUGGAGAUGGCAUCUUAGUAGCCUGGUGUCCGAGGCGCAGCAUGGCUGAUUUCAGGGGACUUUUAGACCGUGGCUUUGGUUUUGCGAAAGUUUAAGGAAGUGAUUAUUCAUAAGGCUUUUUUAUUUUUUUUAUUUUAUUUUUUAAGGCUUUUUUAUUUUUAUUUUUUCAUUUAUUUAUUUAUUUUUGCUGGGAAGCAAGGUUCUUUUCACCAGAAAGCUUUUCUUCUCUCCCUGUCAGUCAACAAAAGCACUCAGUCCCUUCUGCACUUGACUGCGGAAAGCGUCACUUCCAAGCCCCGCCCACUGCCUUGUCUUUCAGCUGUGCGGCCAAGCUCUCUUCAGUAGAUGGGCUUCCAUUCCUGCUGUCUGGCUCCAGGCAGCUGAAUCUUCUUCAGUUCGUUUCUAGCCAGGUAACCUUUGAACACAGGCUUUUCUCCUUAUGUUCACAAGAUCUUUGUUGGGCUCUUCUAUUUCUCUUUGGAUUUUGCAUCUUUUUCUCUGAUUGGCCUGGUGAGUUUCCUUCUUUUCGUACGUCUCUAAUUUCUGCUUUGGGGAUCUUUCCUUUUGUGGCCUAUAUUCCAUACUUCACGGUGUUUGGCCCUGGAAAGCCACUGAACACUGUGAUAGCCUGAAACCUAACAGCCUUUCCUGGAUCAGCUGUAGACUGUGCCCGUGACAUGGAAACGCAUGGUUCAAAGCCUCGCUUUCCCUCUCCUGGCGCAGCUUGUCGCUUGUGUCCUGUCAGAACAAGGAUCAGCUUCUGGGCCCAGGGAUCUUGCGAAUGUGGUCGGCAGUCCUCCGUUCUCUUCCCACUACAGAGCCCCUCUGUGCUGAGAGGCUCCCUCUGGGCCUGGGAGCAGGGCAGUUAGGAAAGAGGGAUGACUUUUCCUUCAAGGAGGUGAGGCCCUGGUCCACCAUUCCUUCCCCACACUGUCUAGCCCAUGAAAUUUCCCCUGGAACCAAGUUUUUAAAGUCAUCUUAAAUUUUUUUUGCAUGAAAAAAAAAAAAACCCAAACCCAAACCGGAAGUUUAAGGAAAUUAAAACAAAACCAAACACUUGUUCACUAAGCGAGUUUUGCUCUUUGGCUCGUCAACAUUUUCACUGGAUCCUGCAGUGACUCAUUCCCAUGUGGUCCCAUGGUCAGCUAAGCGCUUUGGUCCUGGGCAAAGUCAUGCCAUGGAAUUGCAGCGAGUUCUGGCUGUUACACUGCAGUGUGCGGCCCUAGAAGACGAGAGACUUCUUCCUGGCUGUGCUGAGAGACGCAGCAGUAAGAUGGCUUCAGGGGGCGCACGGGGAUUUUAGUGCAAACGUUGGUGCGGGAGGGACUUGAAAAGCAUCCUAUCUCAGAGUAUGGCAGGUUGAUCUUCCUGGAUUCAGUAACGGGUACCUGUCUGCUGUAGGGACCUUGCUGAACGGCGGCCACCAGGCCCUCUUUGGAUAUCGCUCCAUGGGUGACAUUGUUGAAAUGCAGUGAGCGUUGGCUUCCUGUCCUAGUUUUGGCACAGGUCUUUGUAUGCCUCUUAAUAUGCCGGCCCCUCUUUGUAGCUGUCUCUGCUCCGUUCCCACUCUUAACACCCUGGUCACUAUUAAACUGAGCUGAGUCUUCGCUUCUGGGCCUCCUCUUCUCCAGCCCCACUCCCUGCUGUGCAUGGUCCCUUCUCCAUGACUGUGUCCCUCUCCCUUCUCCCAGACUUUCCUUCUUCUCCGGGAUUUCCUCCUCUUCCCAGCGUGAACCCAGGGCCCAUCACAUAGGUUCCUAUCAGCAUCUUAGACUUUCCUAACUCCCCAGCUUCUACGGUCUCCAUUUUUCACGUCAGCCUGCUUUCUCUUCCUUUUUGACUUCUAAGCAUGGUGGACUCAGAACCACAUCCUCAGUAUUGAUUGGGAAUCCUUGAACUUGUAUUACUCUUCUUUCUGAUGUACACCCUUCAUCUUUGCUGUCAGCCAAUGACUGAACUUACCAUCUGCUUCAUUGAAGAGAGCUCCCGAGGCGAGGGCUUCUUGCCUGCCGCUUCUCUUCCUGUUGAUUAGUGUGUGUGUGUCCUGUCUCACUUCCUUCCCUGGACUUCUAGUUCUGUGUUCUCUGAGCCCCGAUACGUCCUCCAAGGCUCUGUUUUUUCCCUCUGGGCUCUGCAGGCUCUCUCCUUUGUUUCCCUCUACACAGCCUACCAAAGUUAUUUCAAGAUUAAAACAAGAAUGUCACAUCUGUGUCAUAGACCACUUUCCCUAUCUAUCAUUUUUAUUUUUAAAAUAAACUGUUUGGCUGGACGUGGUGACAUACAUCUUUAAUCCCAGCACUUGGGAGGCAGAGCCUGGAGGAUCUCUGGGAGUUCAGCCUGGUCUAUAGAGUGAGUGCCAGGCCAGCCAGGGCUACACAGUGAGACCCUGUCUCAAAACACAAACAACAAAAAGAAUAUUUUUCUUUGAUUCUUCUUCAUCUCCGGUCCUCUGUUGAUUUUCACAAGAGGCACCAGUGACCACGCAGUUGCCAAAUGCAAUAAAUGCUUCUCAUUUCCCAGCUGUCUGGAGCCCUGCACAGCCCCUCCCUUGGCCCACCCUUCCCUUCGCACACCAUGCCCUUCACUCCUCUUUCAGGACAGUCCAGGUUGCUGCACCAUCUUUAUCUCAGCCACAACGGCUAAGCUUGUUUGAGACCUAGAUGGAGGGAUGUGCCUGGCUGUCGCCAUUUUCUCCUCUCCAGGGUCUGGGUAAGCAAGCAGAAUCAUAGCUGCCCCCAAUUCCUCCUCUCUGGCUUUCAACCCAUUCUUCCUGGGUUUGCUUCUCCUCUGGUGAGUUCAGGAGCGUCAUGAGCAUCUGCAGAGAGUUCUGCAUCUGUGAGUCCUCCCCUCUUGCUCCCAGGAGCGCAUAGAGAGAUGGCCAAUUUGCUAAGAGCCCCAUUGUGUCAGCCUAAGUGAGGGCUCAAUUUUGCAGCAUGCGAUCUGCCAUCUGGCUCAACUAAAUUCCCACACUGAUGGACAGCUCACCAGUGUGAUACUUACCAGUUGGAACCUGCCUCAGUCAGCAGGGAGCCGAGGAUCAUGGGAAGGCAAGCUUUCAGGCUUGAUUCAGGGCUGCAGCCAGGAAGAGUCCUGGCAGGGUGGGGGUGUGUCGUGAUGACCUUCCGAGGGAGGGGAGACUGGGAAGUGCCGUGGUUCCUCUAGCUCAGCUAGACCCCUCGGGUAGGUCUUUCUUGAUCAUCCCCCCAUCUGCUUACUUCAGAUGCUACCGGGGCUUCCGAUGGUAGCUGCUUUCUUGGAGGUACUGUAGAAGGACAUCUGACUUGAGAGUCUGAGAACCUCCAUUUUGGCAUUGUAAAUGAGGGGCCGUGUGACCUGGGGUACAGUUCCCUCAUCUAUAAAGUUAGGGACUGCUCAGAUUCCACAGCUCGACAACUAUGGUUCUGACUCUGGAGCCCAGUCCACAGAGGAGCUCGGGUGUGGGGAGCCAGCUAGAGAAGUUCCGACCAACAGGGUGACAAACUCUACUGAUCGAACCGCACUGCGUUGAAGGAAGUCUUCACUGGUGGUGCUGCUUCUUGUGCCGUAUGCCCACACCUCAGGCUGUACAUUUCGCCGGUGUCUGGACAUGUUUCUCCUGUAUCUUUCCGAGACAUGGCCAGUUGAUCCAAAGGGGCUAGGGGCAGGGUAGGGGCAGAAGGAAGGAACUUAAGGGGAAGCAUAAUUGAUUUUAA